AUGGGACCCCCCGGGACCCUCGGCCUCGUCUUCCUGCUGCUGGGAGCAGCGACAGCGGAAGGAGAAUGUUCCGGGUGCCUCCCGGGGCCGGGGCCAAUCGCGGCGCUCGUGGCCGCUGACGUCAUCAUGACGCUGCUGAUCGCGGGCGGAGCCUAUUGGCUGGCGGGGCGGGGCCGCAGAGCCCCGCCCAAGCCCCGCCCCCCGGAACCGGACCCGCAUUACCAGGAGCUGCAGGGAGCGCGCGGGGACCUUUACAGCGAACUCAAGCGCUGAGCGACCCCUCCCCCCCCUUCCCUGGCCGCCAUUAAAGCGUUUUUUGACCGUUUUGAGGCUUUUUCUCCCCAAAUUCGUCUCGGUUUUAUUGAUCAUUUUUAAUUGUGUUGUCGCGCAAUGUGACGUCACAGCGGCGCGCCGGAAGUGCCCCUCAAGCGGGCGGAAGCGCUUGAGGCGGUUUCAAUCAUGGCGGCGACGGCGGCUCCGGGAGCGGCCGGGCCGGGAAUGGCGGCGGGAACCGGACCCGGUCCCGGGGUGGUGGCGGCGGGGCCCGGUCCCGGUCCCGGAGCGGCGGCGGGAGGCGGAGGAGCCGCGGCCAAGAGCGGAGAGGAGCGGCUGAAGGAGAUGGAGGCGGAGAUGGCGCUGUUCGAGCAGGAGGUGCUGGGGGCUCCAGGCCCCGCCCCCGGGGACCCCCUGGCCCCGCCCCCCGUCCUGCGCCCCAUCAUUGCCACCAACACCUACCAGCAGGUCCAGCAGUCCCUCGA